GGAUGCCUACUUUAUCAUCAAUGCAAGCCCCUCCGUGUUCUGUGAUAGCAGUCUAAUAAGAAGCAUUUACUAUUUUGCAGCAUAGCUCUUGCGUAGACAAAUUGUUGCACCAAAUGCAACGUUUUUCUCAGUUCAGUUUCGUCGGCCCCUGACUUGUCAUCCUUUUGGUGCACAUUUCCAAUCACCUUAAUCAUCAGUAAUUCUGCAGGGAAGCGCCAUGCUGACCAGCAUCACUGAAGGGAUACUGUGCUGCCUGACUGGGAAGGCUGCCAGUCUGGUCUUGCCUCUGGAGUCGUCAGAACCCUCUGAUGGAUUUGAGUUUGUGGAGGUGAAACCUGGGAGAGUCUUGCGAGUGCGGCACAUCGUCCCUGAGCGUCAGCCCUUAGUGACGGAGGACCAAGUUGCAGGCAAGGACAAGACGGAUGGUGACUGCGGUGAUGACAGCUCUCCGGAGGAUAACGAGAGCAAUACUGGCAGCAGUGUCCACUGUAAGAGGAAGAUCACAGUCUACCGCAACGGCCAGCUGGUGAUUGAGAAUCUUGGUGACGUUUUGCACUCUGAGAUUCUGCAGUGUCAGGAUGGGGAUCUGGAGCCCUGUAGCACUGUGGAGGUGGAGCUGGCUGAUUACAAAGAAAUGGCCUCCUCUCCAGACCCCAACCCUGUUCCUCCUCCGGUUCCUCCACCUGCUGGGGAACAGAAACCUGCUCCGCCUCCUCGCCGCCGUCGCCGCAAGCCCAAGCGCACGGUGUUUAUUGACUCAAAGAGGGUGAUCUCAAGCUGCAAAGGGACGCACUCAGACGUAGCGCUGUUCUUUGUGCAUGGCGUGGGAGGCUCUCUGGACAUUUGGGGCAGCCAACUAGACUUCUUCUCCCGGUUGGGCUAUGAGGUCAUCGCGCCGGAUCUGGCAGGGCAUGGAGCCAGCACUGCCCCACAGAUUGCAGCAGCUUACACAUUUUAUGCCCUGGCAGAGGACCUACGUGCCAUCUUUAAGAGAUAUGCUCGUAAACGCAACAUUCUCAUUGGCCACUCAUAUGGCGUGUCUUUUUGCACCUUCCUGGCCCAUGAAUAUCCUGAUUUGGUCCAUAAGGUAGUGAUGAUCAAUGGAGGGGGUCCCACAGCUCUGGAGCCCAGCCUGUGCUCCAUCUUCCAACUGCCAUCUUGCGUCCUUCACUGUCUGUCACCGUGUCUGGCCUGGAGCUUCCUCAAAGCUGGAUUUGCCCGUCAGGGCGCCAAAGAAAAGCAGCUGUUGAAGCAGGGUAAUGCCUUCAAUGUGUCUCCAUUUGUCCUGCGAGCCAUGAUGAGUGGCCAGUACUGGCCUGAGGGGGAUGAGGUCUACCAUGCUGAGCUCACUGUGCCCAUCCUUCUGGUUCAUGGCAUGUGUGACAAGUUUGUGCCCAUGGAAGAGGACCAGCGCAUGGCAGAGAUCCUCCUCUUUGCGUUCUUAAAAGUCAUUGAGGAAGGAAGUCACAUGGUCAUGAUGGAGUGUCCUGACACUGUCAACACCCUCCUCCAUGAGUUCUUUCUAUGGGAGCCUGACAUGUCUAAAAAAGACAGCACCAAGACAGACACAGAGAAGACAGUUUCUGUCAGUGACACUCACCACACACUGAAAAUCAAUAAUCUUAUGGACAAAUAACCUACGAGGAGUCUAGUUUUAUCACAGAACCAAGCGGAAGGCCUUUUUUGGCAGUUGGCAUGGUUUCUUAAGGCUGCUCCCAGGCUGAGAGCUGUUAUAUACAGGGCCACAUCUUAAGGAUGCAGACGGCCACUGGUGCUUCAAGAUAAAGCAGGACUUGGGCGUGGUGCCAACUAGAGAAUGAUGGAACAAACAUAAGGACGAGAGGAACGGAUGCAAAUACACAGUCAGUUUCUGCUUCGCUUUUUGAUACGAGUCUGUGCUCCAUCACGUCAUGUUUGCAAAACAACACAAUACCUGGAGAUCAAAAGGACGAUGUCCAUUUGUGAUUUGUGUAUAAAAUGUUUCUGGUGAAGAACUGACUAUUACAAGAUGCAGAAGGCAUAAAAUCCAUGAAAUGGUUUCUGAAUUUCCUCGCCUUUACUUUAAAUAUUCUGUAAAUUACUGCAGAGCUUCUGUUCUACCUUAAUGAAAUGGUUAUUAACUCAUUGGUUCCAUCUUACAUCUGCUUUCAGUGAGGAGCUGGCAAAUUAGUAUGUACUGGGUUGAGAAAUUAUUUGCCAGAAUGAUGGUGAAGGAGAGAUUACAAUAAAAUUAAACUGUUGAUAAUAAUAAUUUAUUAUCAAAUACUGACAGGAUGGUAGAGGGAAAUGGAUUAAAACAUUAAAUACAUGCUAAUGUAUAUGCAAAAUUUAAUUACUAAUUGCGCCACAUGCAUACAUAAAAUGCAUUCUGUCUGAAGGAAACACAAGAAUUCAUUGUUCACCUGCCAUCAAGUCAGCUAUUAUUCACAUUCAUACACUGUGCAAUGCAUACCAUCUCAAACAUGACAAAUCACAAUCAUAACUAUUAUCAGUGAAAUUGGCUCAUCUAUUUCCAAAUUACAGCACUUUAUUUUCCAUAUAUUGAACUCUAAUAUAAAAUCUAAAUCCAAAAAGCUGUGUGUGGCUAUGUUAAGCACAAUAUAACCAGUUCAUCAAUUCAUAGUUGCAUGAAAAGAAACUAAUAUUCAAUGAGAGAUUUAUUUAAAAAACAAACAUGAACUGGAUGCCUAAUGGUUCCUCUCCUUUAUUCUAGCAGCCAUUUCUUCAGAACUAUAUAAUAAUAUCCUAAGGAUACAAAGUACUGAGGCCCUGCAUGAGUUCAGAUUAUGAAAAGAUACGGGGAUUGUUUCAGACACUUGCAAUAUAUUCUCAUAUUGAAAAAUUCCCAGUGGACUAAUCUUUAAUCAAAUGAGUGUUCCUCUUAAUGUGUAAGUAUUAUUCUGCCUUUAUUCUGAAAUAACAGCAACUGCCAUAACAAAUUGUGGUUGUAUUGACCGCUUUAAGCUGUUGUGUCUCUAAGCUGAUAAAUGCAAACCAACUGUGUGUUUCCCUACUACUCUCCAGUCCACCAUAUUUAUCUUAUAGUGUCAGACUGAAAGAAUGAGCUGAACAUUAUGCUUACUGGAAGACAUUCAUUCAUGGGUGUUGCUUUGUCUCAUAGUGGGACAGUAAGGUGCGAGUAAAAGCACAGUCUGUUAUGCUUCCUGACAGUGCUCAUCUGUUGACUGGAUAGUUUAUACUGUUUUGAGUAGCAGAACAUAAAGUAAAUUGGUGGAUUUGAAACCGGGUGUCCAAAGCUUGAAAUCAAAUAUGACAUGGCCAAAGGAGAAAGCCCCCUUAAAAAGAGGGACAUCUGUACUCAUCAUGCCGGUCUGUUAUAUAUGCAUUUUGACAGAAUGCGGAUGCAACAUGACUGGUCUUAUGCAACUGGAACAAAAUAGAGAGAAACAGAAUGGAAAUAGACUGACCUGGCACUGACGCCUCUAAAACGUUAUAUAUUCUCUAUGGACUUUCCAAAAACCAACAAGUGCUGCUGAUGCAAUGUACUGUAUGUUUCCUUUGGUGUAAAAGGUCAGUAAAACUGUAUGGACUACAGGGUGCACAUGUACUUCCUCUUAUGCUAAAAGUGUGCAUAUACAAAUUGUCAGUGCUCAUAUGUGCUAUAUCUUGUGGUUAACAAAAUGUGCUAAUUGUUAUUGUUGCAUUUAUUCAUGGGAAUCAUAAUAUAUGCACUGCCUGAGCGUAGAUGCAUAUAACAUUAUAUAGCCUAUGAAAACAGUUGGAUUCAGUGUAUGGAUGUGCCUUUCCCGGCAUGAAAUAAAACAGAUGUUCACAGUC